AUGGCUCCUAAACAGGUCGUAACGUCGGACAAGGGCCUCAAGUCCAACCUCUUCUCUCAGGCCACCAUCCACAAUGGAACCGUCUAUGUCAGUGGGAAUAUUGGCAUCGUCCCCUCCACAAUGAAGGUGGUGGAAGGGUCCGUUGCAGACAGGACGAAACAAGCCCUCGAAAACAUCAAAGUCGUCCUGGAGGAGGCCGGUAGCAGCUUGGAACAGAUCCUCAAGAUGAACAUCUACUUGACAAAUAUGGAAGAUUAUGCGGCCAUGAACGAGGCCUUUCUCAAGAUCAUCCCGGAUCCGAAGCCAGCACGGACCUGUGUCUGCGUCAAGGAGCUCCCAUUCAAGACAGAUGUUGAGAUUGAAUGCAUCGCAGCAUUGGGAUCGAACUCAGGGCACAAGCUCUAG